UGCUCUCCUCAUCAUGACUUUCUGUCUCACGCUGGUCUUCCUCUACUUCUGGAGUGAAGCUCAGAAUGACUACAAUGAUUUUGACUGGUUUAACUUUGGGAACCUAGGAUUCUGGUUCCCCUGGUCUGUGGUGUUGCUGGUCAUCGCUGCCGCCUUCUUCAGCUACGUCACUCUGCUGCUGCUGUUGGCUGUGUGUCUGCUGUCAGAGGGACAGAAGCUGUACCUAUACUGGGGCCACAAGAUUGGCAUCCUGGUGACUCUAGCCUUCUCCAUUGUGGCCACAGCAGUACUGUCUGACCUAUGGAGCAAAGAGUGGACCACUCUCCUCCUCUCUUUCCAGGUGACGGCACCAUAUUUGCAUGUGGGAGGAGUCUUGUUGAUGACACUGCUAUCCUGGCCAAUAGCCUUACAUUUCUUCCGCAUUAAUAAGAAAGGGCGGACGCUCAUCAUGGGGCUGUACCUGGCGGUUCUGUGUGCCCUCUACUUGGUGCCCCUGGGCAUGUACUCACCCUGCCUCAAAAAAGAGGGUGCUCUGGGCCCCGCUCCAGCCCUAAUCGGGCACAGAGGGGCACCCAUGCUUGCUCCAGAGAACACACUCAUGUCCUUUGAGAAGGCAGUGGAGGCUGGUGGGGAAGGUCUGGAGACUGACGUCACCAUCAGCUACGACGGGGUGCCCUUCCUGAUGCACGACCGCACCCUGAGGAGGACUACCAACGUGCAGAAGGUGUUCCCCAACCGGACGGAUGCCCCUGCGGCCAUGUUCACCUGGGGGGAGCUGGAGACCCUCAACGCCGGGGACUGGUUCCUCUAUCGCGACCCGUUCGGCACGGCCUGGUCUCUGGGCGCCGAGGACCGGGCGCAGGCACAGAACCAGUCCGUGUGCACCCUCAGGGACAUCCUGGAACUGGCAGCCCAGAGGGGCAAACAGGUGAUCUUUGACCUCUACCGGCCCCCUCGGGGCCACCCCUACAGGGACACCUGGAUCACACGCACCCUCGAGGUCAUCCAGAACGAGUCCUCCAUCCACUCACACCAGGUGCUGUGGCUGCCCCCAGACCUGCGGAGCCUGGUCCAGAAGAUGGAUCCUGACCUCCAGCAGACCUCUGGGUCCUGGGGUCCAGUGGAGGAGCUGCAGCAGAACCACAUCGUCCAACUCAACCUGCACUACAGCUCCAUGUCUACAGAGAUGAUCAGGUGUUAUGCGGCGGCUAACAUCAGCACCAACCUGUAUGUGAUCAGCCAGCCGUGGCUCUACUCUCUGGCCUGGUGCUCCGGUGCUCAGUCUGUCACCACCAAUUCCCCACAGCUCCUCAACAAACUCACCAGACCCCUGUUCCUCAUGACUCCAGAUGAGUACAAUCUGAUGUGGGUCCUCACCGACGUGGUGUCCUUCAUCCUCAUCCUCAUCAUCUUCAUCUUCCACUGGUGGCGAGAACGAGGCUUGGCUUUCUGUUCGGGCAGCAAACCCACACUAGAACACGGCACCUACAGCAAGUUCAGGACAGAGAUGAGUGAUGUGUGGUCCGUCUCCAGUGUCAACAUCCUGGGAGAGCCUGCUGGAAGCCCUCUAGCCACUGAGCCUAACCUGGCAACCGUCUCAGAGCACUGAGAACCAACCAACCAACCAAUCUCCUCUGCGAGGCUCAGUUCAAACAAACCAUUCCUCCCCCUCACUCUCACCCUGGCAACACCCCAGGGCCCAACCUGGCAUCUCACCAGGACCCAACCUGGUAACCCGGGAGCUCAACCUGUCAACCCCUGUAACUUUUAGUGAGAAUGAGAAAUAGUUCAAUGAUGUGAGGCCUAUCUGAGCUGUAAGUGGCGCUGAUGUUGAUGUGUCACUUGCAGAAAUGAUUUCAUUGCAUAGAAAUGAAUCCGUAAAUCCCAGAUUAAAGCUCACACAGCCUCAAGGACCAUAACCAACUCUUCACACUACAGACACCCUCUGAUGCUGGGAAGAGAUGACUACACUAUUGAACCAGGCCCAUGGAAAUGGAUUACUCACUGCAUUAAUAUAAGAAGAAAAGAGACCUUCCGCUGUAGAUAUUCUCAAUUUAUUUUGCCCUCCAUGGGUUCCUUUCCAUUUCAGCAGCCACUGCAGUGUUGAGUUACGUGAAUUACAAACACUUUACCAUUUCCUUAGUGUGUGAGAGUAGUGGUCGAUAAGAUGUGUGUAUAUGACCAGACUGGAGUUCAAUUAGUACGUGUUUGUUUUCUUUCGAAUACUUAUGCUGUGUGCUUGAUUGAGCUUUCCUGGCAUUUAGGGAACUAAUGAAGUAGUCACAAAAGUGCAAACUCCACCCAUCUGGGAUCUGGCACUCCAAUCAAAUGGUCAAAGUAUUUCAAAGAAAAAUGAAUACUAUUAGAACCCAGGUUUGAAUAUGACACGAUGAUUCUGUUUAUUUCUGGAGAUAAAUGAAUGUGUUUGAUUGUAGUCUACGUUUAUAAGCGUUUAUAAACACUUUUAGAGUAUUAGGCGGCGUAAUGAGGUGACACCCAGAGAACCUGGCAACAUACUGUAUAAUCACUGCAACAACAUAAACAGUGACCUACUGAGAACAAUUAGAUUAUGUGUAUUUCCAUGGUCCAUAUUGAGUUCAUUGUUUUUAACCAAUUUGUUUAGUCUUUUCAACACAAAUGAAAAUCCUUCUGGCAAGGAUUAAAAAACAAAAUGUUAUACAAUGUUUAGUCCUUUUGGCCAGAUUAUAGCAGAACUCUUACAUCUCCCUACAGUUGAUUCUGCCUCAGAUUAGACAACAAUGCAGAGUAAAGCUAUGUGAAUAAUGCCAACUUCAGCUCUGGUAGCUAAGAGAAUGUUUUUUCUAAUAAUUACUAUUAAACCUGUUAGAUUCCUUUAUGACUGACGACAUAUUGAUGAGUAGCUCAUCACAAAGCUACGGUGGUCCUAAAGGGCAAAGUAGCUUUUAAAAGCCACCGUACAAAGCCUUAGGAAUACCUACAAAAGAAAAGUCUGUUCAGCCAAAGAAUCACAGUAUAGAUACAGUACUAGUCUGAUUUGUCAUCUACGUAUGACACCUGUAGUGUUCUCUUGGUCGUAAGAUUGUCUUCGUUCUACUUCUAUCUGUUUUAGAGACAUUUAAGAGCUGUGUGUUGUUUUAGUUACU